AUGAACAUAUGGAUAGAAGAGUUACAGGAAGACCACUUUAGAAUCUGCCUCCGAGAAGUAAAAACAUUUGACGGAAUGCACCAAAAUAUUAAAGUGGUAAGUUGGUCUGUUACGUGAGUUUUAAUUGUUUGUGAGUAAUAAUUUGCACACGAGCUCUGUUGUUGGAUACAGUUUUUUCAUUUAUUCAUUUAAAAACAAGGAUUAUCAAAACACGGUCUGAAUUUUCUGUCAUUUUCGGUUGCGUCUUAUGAAGUAAUAAGGGUCUACUAAAUUAAAAGUAAAAUGAAAUACCGGACUGGUCCGUUAAGGUUAUCAAAUCGCCGAAAAAGCGUCAAUGACCUUCUGAUUCCUUUUGUUGGCAGAGUUAUUAGCUUCGUCAGUUUUACAAUUACAGCAUCCUCUCUAUGCAGCAAAUACUAAAUUAGCAACUGAUUACAACAAGUUGUUUUGUUUUCUAGGACUGGUUGGCCUUUACCAAAGGAACUGGUGAGAUGACAUUUCAAGGAAAACUUCAGUUUGAGAAUGGUGGGGCCCCACUGGAACGAGAUAACUUCGCUUUCUGCAAAGGUAAUAGAGAAAUUUGGUAGUGGAACGUUGAAAAGGCAGAUAUGUGGAAUUUUACUCGAACUUACUUGUCUUGCAGUUGGUAGAGCUAAGCCAUGAUGAACUUUGCGACAAAUCAAAGAAUUCAAUCCGCUUUGGAUUUUCGGAAGUAAUACAAAUAUCAUGUCCAGUGUUGCCUUAAACAUGUCAACUAGCAAAUGUAAAACGUGAUGAGAAUAAGGGAGAAUGGUACUUUUGCCUUUCCUUUUUCGUCGCUCUUCCCCUUUCCCUGUCCUUUUUAUCAAUAAUUGCAGGCUAACUUUGCUUCUUGUCCUUUCUUUACCGGUUCUUAACUAUACCGAGACGUUUUAUGCACCUCCCGUUGUUAUGGUUACAGUCAGUCAUCUUUAUGACAGCAAUAACGUUUAUUCUGUUAAGCCGGAGAACAAUGUUCUGAACGCCUGGAUAGAGGUAAAAUAACGAUUUUUUACUGUCAUCCGUAAGCUUAAUUGCAACUUGAAAAUUAAUUUAUUUUUACGUUGGCUGCUAACUGAUAGAUCCCCAACAGGUUUAUGUGUUAUCUAAUGCGGUGAGUGUUUACGAUUUGUGACCACAGGAAAUAACGACGAGAGCCAACAUGAUCCAGUUACCGUUCAUUACACAGUUAUUGGAGGUAAAUAUUCUAGAACUAAAAUGCAGUGUUACUGUCGCUUUUGCGCUGCGCAUUUCUUUAGUUUAGUUUCGAUCUCAUAGGUCCCUUGAAACCGUACUGCAACGGAUGGUCGAAAGAAGGCUCAAAGAACACUUUCAUUCAGUGCUCCCCUUACGUUUCUCGUACUCGAUUCGAAGAUCCUAAUAAGUAACGAUGAGUUAGGACUUAUAGAUCUACAGAAAUUACAGAAACAGUUAGCUAAUUAAGUGACAAAUAAAAUAAUAAAUUAAGUGGAUAAAUAAAUAAUCUUACAUUUGAUUUAGCCAAGAUUUGACAUUUUGAAUUGUUGUGUGUAUCAUUUGUUAACAGAUCUUGACCCGUGCAUCAAUGUUUCCUGCAAGUACUUUGCAGUCUGCAAGGCGUUUGGUCCCAGGGACGCGCGGUGCAUUUGCGUGGAUAAUUGUCCAUCAUUCGAGGAGCCUGUGUGUUCCUCCAAUGGAACUACAUACGAUAACGUGUGUGCGUUCCAGCGAGAAAUGUGCCAUCUCCGGGCAAACUUCACUGCCUAUCAUCCAGGAGAUUGUACAGGUAAUUUUGCUUGUGAGUCAUUAUAUUUUGUUGCAUUCUUUAGAUAAGUAAGUUCUUCAAUGUUUACUGGCUUGCUGCCGUGUGAAUAAUCUCAUAGUUGAAUAAACCUCCUCAUGAUUUUCACUCGUAAGUAACGUUUGAUGUUACCAACAAGGCAGUGUUUAAAUUCCGCUGACGUAACUUCUGAAAAAUUUGGUUCCCAUUUUUUUUUAAAUUCAAUCUUGAUGAAAGCUUGGUUAAUAGAGGCUUUAUAGUUUCUAGUUGCCAAGCUCUGCUGUCUUCUUUGUGGCUUAAAUUCAAUUCAGUCUUGGCUGGACAUUUUUUAACCAAACAGUCUUACAAGUUUUGGUUGUUGUUGUUGUUGUUGUUGUUAUUGUCUGUUUUCAGGAUUCCCCUCCCAAAAAGGCCGUCAUCGCCUCAGUCACAACCCAAUCUGGGCUGAAGCAGUUUGCGAACAAGUUCCACUGGGACCUUACGUCUUUUAUCCUGACAAACCGGUUCACAUACAGGUUUCUGUCAAUCACGUGAACUUCUCAGACCCAGCCUAUGUUCACGAGGCAGUGGUUGCUUGGGUUGAAGACAUCAUAGGGAACAAUUUCACAGUGUGUGUGACACAGGCUGGUAGAAACGAGAGGAGAAAUGGAGAAACGUUUGCCACAGUGGACUGGCUGGCAUACCAGGGAGCCCCUGACGGGGGAGUGUCGGGUGAAAUGGACAUGCCAACCUGGUGGACUGGGACGAGCUGUCGUACAGUGUCGCUACCCUCGGUGAGUUCAAUUUGUAGUAUUCUUAAGUUCAUUUGCAGUGUCUUUUAACUAAAUCAACAAUAGUACAUGAGAGAUAGGACUCUUACGGACCUGAAAAGAUACUAAAAUUCCCCAUGAACGUGAUUCCUAUAGGGUAUAAAGGAAGGAAAUGAUAAAGAAAAGGAGAUUUUCAUUUAUUUCUUAUUUGCGUCCUUUAGUAGACCUUCUAAUAAAAUAUAUUUUACAUAAAAUACUUUUUACCUACCAUAAACUUUAAAUUGUUGGAUUUUUAUAGCUGUCUUAAUAUCGCAUAUUUUAAGUAAUUCGAACAUGAUAUCACCGUUUCUUCUUUCUUGGAAAAUAUAACAAGAAUUCCGUUUUUAGGUUUUAAUUUUAUUAAAAAUGUAUUUGAAACCUUUUUCUAACAAUGUUCCCUCUGAUUGUUGUCAUCACAGAGAAAGUUUACUUCAGCGCCCACAGUCCUAGUGUCAGCGGAGCAUGUAAGACGCGGUGUAAAGCAUGAUGCUUCCUCUGUUUGGGUUGAAGAUAUCACGACAACCUCCUUCAAGAUCUGCGUCAGAGAGUUACAAAACUUUGACGGCGCUCAUGAAAGCAUUCAUAUUGUAAGCUGCUUCGUUUAUUUGUUAUGUGCACUUUUAACCACGGAAGUACGCACUUUAUGCGCAUUUGACGGUCUGGUGGUCCAAUUACCCUUUAUACAACACUUUUCUGCUGAGAAUGCACAAGUUUAGGCAAAAUAGGGCAUUAUUGAAAUUACGAAGAAUGUUGUUGGAAAUAAAAUUGCCUUUAGGGUUUGAAAACCUUUUGUGCUUGCAGAUUUGCCUUGAUAGUUUUAUAUUGAAAGUUACUGUUCGACUUUACCUCUUUUGCUUUGACCUUAAAAUUACAAUUUGUUUGGUGCAGCGCAUGUGUGAUGCGAUUGCCAGAAAAAAAGAAAAGAAAAGAAAACUAAGGGCGUUUUUUAAACUUACGUAGUAUCAACUUCCGUCUUACCCAAUUUUGAUGUUUUUUUUUUCAUAUAUAAAUUAUUUUAUACUCCCCCAACAUGAAGAUAGUAAUCUGUUAACCUGACAAUUAAUUUCUCCGUUGGCAGGAUUCAUCGACCUCUUUUCAGAGAGCAUGGUGCUAUUUACUUUUCCAACGUGAACAAGCCAUCUAAGGAUAUGAACUAUGCCUUUUGUAAGGUAUGUUCUCUCUUUUCUCCAGUGGAAUGACCUUUUCUCCAACCGAACUCCCCUCUAUUCGGUGACUCGCCCACUCACUUGCGCCUACUACCGUUCGAAUGCUUUCUGCUUGCGGUUUUUAUUCAUACGCUCUGUUAUCUUGGAUAUACACGAAGGUAAUUCCCAUGUUCAACUCCAAGACCCGCUUUGUACUGCAAUAACAAAAUUGUCAUUCUCCUACAGCUGGGAUGUCUUAAAUUUCCUUUGCGCUUUGAAAUGUUAAUUUCAAAAUCAAUUUUCGCUUUCUCACUUGUUUUUCCUUUCUUUUGUAAGGACGUUGUCUUCAAAAAGCAUUACAAUGAUUCUCCUGAAGUGCUGGUGUGUGCAAACCAUACAACAAGCGGAGGAAACCUUAAUCCAUUGUACAACUCCAUAUCAGCUUGGGCUGAGGUUAGAGGUUAUUUUGAAAUGAAAGAGCGAUUUUUCAAUCAAUAAGCGUUAUAAAUUUUCAUUUCAUUUUUUUCUAAACAAGGUCUUUACAUAGGGGCUUCGCGGUGUAGCAAGUGAGUGAGUGAGCAAGUUACCUCCCUCGCCCUCUGCUAUGGGGUUGCAGCUGUAUGAUAGCAACAGGUGUUAAUAAAACGCGGGAGCGCAGAUGGGGUCCAUUGCUUUUCUUACUGGUUUUCUUUCGUGUUGUCCUAAACAAAACAGCAAACAGAAAACGAAACAAAAAGUAAAGCAAACCGGCAAACGAAAAGACAGUGGAACCCGACCCCUAUAGGGCUUAGGCGAUGUCAAUACGAGCGUUUUUGACUCCGGCCGACAGUGACGUGACAGCUUUUAGCAGUCAGUUCUCUCUGAUUACUGCGUCUUUUCUCUGUCAGUACAUAAACAAGACCGGUUUUAGAGCCUGCGUGAAGGAGCUGUUUGUACAACAACAUGAUCCUCUGUCAGUAUCAUACGCAGUCUUACCAGGUGAGAAAACAUUGAAAUUCGGUUAUGAUGUCACUCAGCACUGUGCUGAUAACUGAUUAUGAAACUAUCUUCAAUAAAGUCCAUCCUGACUGGGUUAUGACAUGACAAGUAGGUCUUCAAUACAGUCGAGCAGACGGGCGAUCUUUUCUUUUCUUGUUGUUGUUUUUUUGGCAUAUAGCCACCGGAGGCUACAAAACUCCCUUGUUUUUGUGAGAGUAGUCAGUAUAUUUGGUACUUUCUUCAGAGCUGGAGAGAAGACUUUUUUCUUACUUAUUGCCAUUCAUUUUUGUGUUCUAAAGAUGUUUGUCCACCCGGAUGGAGCUUCUACAACGGUUCGUGUUACUUUACAUUGCGAAAAAUGUGA